CGCACGCGCCGAUGUCCCCGCGACCACGUGCUGGCGCGCGGCUUCCGGGGCGCGGCGGUAGCGGCCAUGCUGCAGCGUCUGGGCCUGGUGGGGACCAUUGCGGAGGGGGACCCGGCGCCCGAGGACACCGACUCCGGGGACUCUGAGGAUGAGCAGGAGCCGAGCCGUGCUGGGCUGCGGGGUCUCCCCCGCGGGGACUUCAGCACCGCAUUCGUCUUCGGUGAGGCGGAGGCGGGCGGAGAGGGUGCCUGGGCGGCGGCGUUGCGGCAGCUCCGUGGCAAGAGAACAGCCACGACGCUGGACGAGAAGAUUGAGAAAGUGAGACAAAAAAGGAAGAUCCAGGAAAAAGAAGCUAAACAAGCAAAAGUGGAAGAAGAAGAUGCAGAGACUGAGGAUAGUCAAACCAAAGAGAGAGAGUGUGAAGACUUCAAUGGGGAGGAAGAAGAGGAUGUGGAGUCCCAGAACUCAUUAGAUGAUGAAAGUAUCUUUGCUAAAGCAGAUACUCUCAAAGUGAAGGAACGGAAGAGACGGAAAAACAGAGAAGUAGAAGCAGAGAGCUUUUUUGAAGAUGCCUCUCAAUAUGAUGAUAGCUUGUCAUUCCAGGACAUGAAUCUUUCACGACCUUUGUUAAAGGCAAUCACAGCCCUUGGCUUCAAGCAACCAACCCCAAUUCAGAAAGCUUGUAUCCCGGUGGGCCUUCUGGGGAAGGAUAUUUGUGCCUGUGCUGCUACUGGGACAGGUAAAACAGCUGCCUUCAUCCUGCCUGUACUUGAGCGCCUGAUUUAUAAACCUCGUCAGGCUCCAGUAACACGAGUAUUGGUUCUAGUGCCAACUCGAGAACUGGGUAUUCAGGUGCACUCUGUUACAAAACAGCUGGCACAGUUCAGCAACAUCACAACUUGCCUUGCUGUAGGUGGCCUAGAUGUGAAGACUCAGGAAGCAGCUCUACGCUCUGGGCCAGACAUUCUUAUUGCCACUCCUGGGCGGCUGAUCGAUCAUCUUCACAACUGCCCCUCUUUCCACCUGAGCAGUAUUGAAGUGCUCAUUUUGGAUGAAGCAGAUAGGAUGCUGGAUGAAUACUUUGAGGAGCAGAUGAAGGAAAUAAUCAGGUUAUGCUCUAAACACCGUCAGACAAUGCUCUUUUCUGCCACAAUGACAGAGGAGGUGAAAGAUUUGGCUUCUGUUUCUCUGAAAAAUCCCAUCCGGAUUUUUGUGAACAGCAACACAGAUGUUGCCCCUUUCCUGCGGCAGGAAUUUAUUCGGAUCCGACCCAACCGAGAGGGGGACCGUGAGGCCAUUGUAUCAGCUCUGCUGACACGAACCUUCCCUGAUCACGUGAUGCUUUUCACCCAGACCAAGAAGCAAGCUCACCGUAUGCACAUCCUACUUGGGCUGAUGGGUCUACGGGUUGGGGAGCUGCAUGGGAACCUCUCUCAGGCACAGCGGCUGGAGGCACUCAGGCGCUUUAAGGAUGAGCAGAUUGAUAUUCUGGUCGCUACAGAUGUGGCUGCACGAGGACUUGACAUUGAAGGUGUCAAAACGGUAAUCAAUUUUACCAUGCCCAACACCACCAAACACUAUGUGCAUCGGGUAGGGCGGACAGCAAGAGCCGGCAGGGCUGGUCGAUCGGUUUCACUCGUGGGUGAGGAAGAGCGCAAGAUGUUAAAGGAUAUUGUGAAAACUGCCAAAACACCAGUGAAAGUCAGAAUUCUUCCACAAGAUGUCAUAUUAAAAUUCCGAGAGAAGAUUGAGAAUCUAGAGAAAGAUGUCUAUGCAGUUCUGUGCUUGGAGCGUGAGGAGCGUGAGAUGCAGCAGUCAGAAGCCCAGAUCAAUAGAGCAAAGAAGCAGCUGGAGACAGGAAAACAGGAGACUAUGAGUGAGGGUUUGGAGCGAAGCUGGUUCCAGACCCAUGAGGAGCGGAAAAAAGAGAAAUUGGCUAAAGCCCUGCAGGAGUUUGACCUAGCAUUACGAGGGAAAAAGAAAAGAAAAAAGUUUAUGCAGGAUACACAGAAAAAAGUCCAAAUGACACCAGAGGAGCGGUCACAGUUUGAAAUCUUAAAAUCUCAAAUGUAUGCUGAGCGGAUGGCAAAAAGGAAUCGCCGAGCAAAGCGAGCCCGAGCCUUGCCAGAAGAGGAACCAGCAGCAGUACCAGCAGGCCCUAAGCGGAAGAAAAAGCUGUCUGUGUUUGAUGAAGAGCUUACCAACACAAGCAGGAAGGCCCUGAAGCAGUAUCGUGCAGGGUACUUCUUGCGUUAGCCCUUUCUGAUGUCAGAAGCAUGUCUGGAAUGGCAAGCCAGUCCUUUUGACUAAGGUUAGAUCAGUACCAGACAAAUACUGAAUCCUAACAUAUGAACAAAAAACAUCCGCUACUCCUUGUCUCUGUGAAUAGUAGGAGGGUCAGAGCUAGAUCAGCUGAGUGAUGUACUUCAGUGACUUUUAUUUUACUGGUUUUUUUUGUUUUGUUUUUUUUAAUCCUCCCCCCCCCCCCCCCCAGUCCAUCAUUUGAAGAUCGGAAACGCUUGGGUAUGGCCCAGUGCAGGAAAGGAGGAAACUUCAAAUCUAAGUCCAGGUACA